GUGAAUGGGGAACAUUGAUGCUCACAGUCGCAUGGAUUUAUUAAUGAAAACUUUUUACUUAAAUGCAAAUUGAACACUAAAAUCAAACUCCUCCACUAUUUCAAAACCUUUACGAAGACCAUUUCAACAGCAUGACUGACAUUUCCAGCGUCACGUGAACUGGAUAUGGAGUUUGGGACUAAACUACAGUGAAAGGAUGUGCAACCAGAUGCGUUUCUUGCUCUGAUUUUGGUGAUUUUUGGUGAUUUUUUUCCUGUAGCAUGUCCCGAGAGCCGUACCCGUUUGUGGAGGACAGCUUUAGCCGCUUCCCGUCGCAGAGUAACAUGUACGGGCUGUGUCAGGCCGGGGAACAGGAGCUACUGACCGCUACUCUCAAAGGGAAAGUGGUUUGUUUCAGGUACCAGGAGCUCCUGCAGAAAGUCCGCCCCGUGGCCAAAGAAGUGCAGUUCACCUACAUCCCAGUUGAUGCUGAAAUCGUGUCAAUCGACGCCUUCAACAAGUCUCCUCCAAAAAGAGGUCUGGUGGUUGGGAUCACAUUCAUAAAGGACUCCGGUGACAAAGCCACGCCCUUCCUGAACAUCUACUGUGACUAUGAGCCGGGGUCAGAGUUCAACCUGGAGUCUAUCGCACAGAGCUGCCUCAAUCUGGAGCUGCAGUUCACACCGUUCCAGCUCUACCACACCGAAGUGCAGAGUGAGGACGGAGCUAAAGAGACAGUGUUUCUGCUCAGCGGACAUGACCAGAGGAUUCACCUGUACAAAGAGAAUGCCUCCCUGCACCAGUUUGAGGAGCAUCCAGUCGAGAGGCUCUUCCCAGAACUGGAACAACUGCCCAGCAAUGUGUUAUGGUUAGACAUGGUGAGUCUCGACAAGGGAAAACGUCUCUCUGCGUUCGGCUGUCAGAGCGGCUGUGUUGGACUAGCUCUAGUCAACCAGACGGGACCAGAGAUUCUGCAGAGCUGGCGCGUCCAGUUUGACAGUCCAAUUUCAACAGUGCUGCUCUUUCCACUCAGCUGUAAAAACGCACCCAGUAAGAUAACUCAAGGAGAGGAAAUGGGCGGGUACAAUCUCUUAGUGACCAGUACCAUAGAGCUGGCAGUGAUCUACAGAGAUGUUCAGGAGCAUGGCCUUGCCCACUGCAUGACCCUCGCAGAAAGUGAUCAGUUUGAUGCUGUUCUGAGCGCUCUCGUUAUCGACCUGGAUUUUGACGGACAGAAGGAAGUGCUUCUGGGAACAUAUGGACAGGAACUUCUUUGUUACAAAUACCAGGCAGCAGUGAGCAGAGGGGACGGCCACUUUCAGCUGCAGUGGAGGCGGAGCUUUAAGAGUCCUUUACUGUCCAUCAUAUACUUAGAUCUAACAGGAGAUGGGCUCAAAGAACUGGCUGUCCUUACUCUCAAGGGCCUGCACAUUUUACAGCACAGUCUCAGCUCCACCUCGGCUCUGGUGCUGGACCGCCUCUCCCAACGGGUGUCACAUCGGACCCAGGCUGAAGUCAUAGGGGAGGAAGCGGACACUGCAGAGGGGGGCGCUAUCCAGACGGCUUCCAAUUAGGACAGAGUGGUUUAUCUGCGUGAGUCAGCCUGCACAGGGGCCUUAUAAAAAUGCCCCAAUGUGAAGAAUUCGAUUAGAGCUGCAUUUAAUUAAGUGUUGUUACGAUAAAGACACUGGUUAGAAAAUAAAACCGCAUGUGCCAUAUAAAAGACUGAAAGGCGUGAUGUCAAGCGGUGGUUGUAAACAUAACUCAUGAACUAGCUCAUUAGGCUAAUAAAUGCACUGACAAAUGCUGUUAUCCUCAGUUAAUUUGAAAAUUCUUCACCUGUAAUGAGGGCUAUGCUCACUGGGAUUUGUGUAAUUAUAAAAUGGGCAAAGCCGAUGUGUACAGUGAUUUGCAGAUAAUAAAUAACAACUUUGGGUCGGUCCCUGUUGCAUCUGCGGGGGAGUCUGCUCAAAUUGCUCCAUUGCCAGUA